UUCACACCGAGACACCCCAGCGGCGAGGGAGUGGGUUGAUUUCCGUGCCCCGGCCGAUCGGCGCCCACAGUUCGAUGGUUGGUUCAGAACGCGAUGAGCCGCCCGUCCUCCGCCGGACCCGGUGCUAACAAACCCUGUGGCAAGCAGCAGCAGCAGCCUCCGCAGCAGCCUCCGCCGCAGCAGCACGCCCAGCCCCAGGCUGCGCCCCCGGCCGCCGUCACCAUCUCGGCUGCCGGAGCUGGCUCGUCCGCGGUGGCAGCCGCGGCCGCAGUGAUCUCGGGCCCUGGCGGAGGAGGCGGCGGCGGCGGCGGCGGCGGCGGCGGCGGCGGCGGCGGCGGGCCGGUCUCUCCCCAGCACCACGAGCUGACUUCGCUCUUCGAGUGCCCGGUCUGUUUUGACUAUGUCCUACCCCCGAUCCUGCAGUGCCAGGCCGGGCACUUGGUCUGUAACCAAUGCCGCCAGAAGCUGAGCUGCUGCCCGACGUGCCGGGGAUCCCUGACCCCUAGCAUCAGGAACCUGGCCAUGGAAAAAGUGGCCUCUGCUGUGCUAUUUCCCUGCAAGUACGCCACCACGGGAUGUUCCUUGACUCUUCACCAUACGGAAAAGCCGGAACAUGAAGACGUCUGUGAAUACCGCCCAUACUCCUGUCCUUGCCCUGGUGCCUCUUGUAAAUGGCAGGGCUCGCUGGAAGCCGUGAUGUCCCACCUCAUGCACGCUCACAAGAGCAUCACCACCCUUCAGGGGGAAGACAUUGUCUUCCUCGCUACAGACAUUAACUUGCCUGGGGCUGUCGAUUGGGUGAUGAUGCAGUCCUGCUUCGGCCAUCACUUCAUGCUGGUGCUGGAGAAGCAAGAGAAAUACGAGGGCCACCAACAGUUCUUUGCCAUCGUGCUGCUCAUUGGGACCCGGAAGCAAGCAGAGAACUUUGCUUAUCGACUGGAACUGAAUGGCAACCGGCGGAGACUGACCUGGGAAGCCACUCCCCGUUCCAUCCAUGAUGGGGUGGCUGCUGCCAUCUUGAACAGCGACUGCCUUGUUUUUGAUACAGCUAUAGCACAUCUCUUUGCCGAUAAUGGAAACCUCGGAAUCAACGUGACCAUUUCAACAUGUUGUCCAUGAUGUGUUUUUGUAGCGUUAGCAAGCUAUAGAUUUGUCAGCCAGCGCAUCGUACUUUUACAUUUUAAUAAAAUGGUGUUGUUUUUAAAAUUGUACUUAAA